CUCUCUCCACCUCUCUCUGCCUCGCUCUCCCUCUCACCUCUUCUUUACAUCGCACAGUUUCAUCUCUGUGUGAAGGGGGACGGGGCUGCAGCGCAGUUACCAUCCUCCUCUGUGGACCCUCCGUCUGUCUCUUCUCCUCUAGCGACCAGAAGCGCGUUUAAUAACUUUUGCAUUCGCUGUUUUGCUUAUUCGCCUCAUUUGCGCGGUUUGUUUCCCCUAAUUUCCCAAAAUGACGACACAGAGUGUGUUAUAAGAAGCGGGUUGCAGACCAGCAGCGUCAAGGCCCCCAGUGUUGAACAAACCCAGACAUCAGCACAGGAUGUGAUGACAUCUCCUGUUGUUCAUCUGGUUUUCCUCUCUGAAAUGGAGCUCUCUUUGCAGGGCUCCCCUUCAAACGUAUCCAAACUGUCCCAGAACACCAGCAUGCCACUAAAUGCCACUGGGAAUUACACCAGCGACCAAUUGACUGAAGUCAACCUCUUUGAAAUCCUGGGUCCAAAACGAUCUCCCUUCUUCCUCCCUGUGACCAGUGUUUACCUUGUCAUCUUCCUCACCGGCUUGUCUGGAAAUCUGCUCACAUGUGCAGUGAUAGCAAAGCACAUGAAGAUGCGAAACCCCACCAACCUCUACCUGGUGAGCCUGGCUGCGUCGGACCUCCUUGUGCUUUUGUUUGGGAUGCCCCUGGAGAUUUACGACCUGUGGCAGAACUACCCGUUCCCCUUUGGCGAGGGCGGCUGCUACUUCAAGACCUUCCUCUUCGAGACGGUCUGCUUCGCCUCAAUCCUCAACGUCACAGCUCUGAGCGUGGAGAGGUAUAUAGCCGUGUUGCACCCGCUCAAAACACGGUACCUGUCGACUAACCAGCACGCCAAGCGGGUCAUCACCGUCGUGUGGGUGGUGUCGAUGAUCUGUGCCAUCCCCAACACCUCACUGCACGGCAUCUUCUACCUGCCAGAGAGGAUGGAAGAGUCGGCCAUAUGCACUGUGCUGAAGCCCCUGUGGAUCUAUAACAUCGUCAUGCAGAUCACCACUGUGUGCUUCUAUUUUGUGCCCAUGAUGGUGAUUAGCGUGCUGUACCUGGUGAUGGGUCUUCAUUUAGGCAGAGAAAGGCAGCAGCCCAGCGGGACCCUGGGAAAGAACUGUGACACUCGAAGGAAGAUCAGUGUGAAUGGGCGCAGGAGACAGGUCAACAAGAUGCUCUCGAUCGUUGUGGCGGUGUUUGGAGUCUGCUGGGCGCCCUUCCACAUCGAGCGGCUCCUGUGGAGUUCCAUUAGCCAGUGGACCGAUUUGAUGCACAACAUUUAUCAGUACGUCCACAUCCUGUCUGGCGUAUUCUUCUACCUCAGCUCAGCAGUCAACCCUAUCAUCUACAGCCUGCUCUCCACACGGUUCAGGGAGUGUUUCCGAGAACUCGUGUGCUCCCAGACGGAGGAUAACAGCUCUGUCAGAGACUCACCGCAAUUCCUUAAGAUUUUACUGGAUCCCUCUGUCUCAAGCUCCAGAGCUCAGACUGAGGGUAAGGGCUCCAAUGCUUUCAUCCCUUUGCUGUCCUCUAACAUGACACUGAGCAUGGACACUGAGAUCCUCACAUGUGCAUGUAAAGAGACAACCUGCAAGACCUCUGUGUUCUAACUGAGAUUUGAUUUGAAUAGGUAACAAGCAGCUAAUGCCGAAACCACUUUAAAGGAGUAGUUUGAGAUUUUGGGAAAACGCUUAUACGCUUUCUUAACAAGUCAGAUGAGAAGAUCAAAACCGCUCUCAAAUCUGUUAAAUAUGAAGCUACCGCCAGGAAAUAGUUAGCUUAGCUUAGCAUAAAGACUGGAAACAGGAAAACAGCUAGCCUGGCUCUGUCCAAAAGGUCCAAAAUCUACCUAACAGCACCUUUAAAUCUCACAAAUUAACACAUUAAUUAACACAUUAUAUCUCGUUUGUUUAAACUGUAAAAAAACAAAGUGUAAACAACAUUUAUCAUUUAUCAGACGUGAGAGUGGUAUUGAUCUUCUCAUCUAACUCUCGCCAAAAGAAAGUGAAUAAGCCAAGCCAUUUCCCAAAAAAUUGUUCCUUAACUUAUUACAUGUCAUUAAACAGCUUGUACGUGAACUUUGAUUUGUUUGUUUGUUACUCUGGAUAAUAUUGUUUAACAGUGCCUGCAUAUUCCACCUGCUGUCUUAUUCUGUAACUGCUGUAUGCCUUAGAGAGUGAAUCCAGAGGGAAAGUGGGACAAAUCUGAUCAGAAUGAUAACAUGUUGUUCUUGUAAAAUGGAUGUGUUGGGCAGCAAAAACACGUCAAAUAUUUCUCUGUGUUUCAGUGGAACUUGUAAACAAAGAAUGUAAUGCUUUACUGUGAGCUUUUCCUAAUCUUGUUUUGUCUCUUGUUGCAUGGCCAGCAAUCAUGUACGUGAUUUGAGUGAUUGAUAAGCUCUUGUUUACUGUGGACACAGUUGAAAACUGAUUAUGGCUAUUGUGCAGUGCCUAAUUUAAAAGCUACAAAAAUAAAUGUUGAAGCUGUCCACACGUA